ACAUCAAGUGAUCUAAAAUAUGAAAAUUGUAAAUGCAUUUUGGGGGCUUUUAUGGUUUAGUAUGCUCUUUGGUAUCUCACUGUCUAGACCUAUGAUUAUCAACUUUGGUGAUGCAAAUUCUGACACUGGAGGCGUGCUAGCCGGCGCUGGACUCCCCAUCGGCCUUCCACAUGGCAUUACAUUCUUCCACAAAGGCACUGGCCGAUUCGGCGAUGGUCGACUCAUCCUUGACUUUAUCUGUGAGCAUCUGAAGCUGGGCUAUCUGAGCCCAUAUAUGGAAUCACUGGCACCAAAUUUCACUAGUGGUGUAAACUUUGCAGUAGCCGGAGGCAUGAUUCUACCACCGUUUAUUCCUUUUCAUCUUGGUGCGCAAGUUCGCCAGUUCAUCCAUUUCAAGAAUCGCUCGCUUGAACUCCUCUCGCAAGGUUCUGGGAACUUUAUAAACGAAGAUGGAUUCCGUAACGCGCUUUACAUGAUAGAUAUGGGACAAAAUGAUAUUUUGGAAGCACUGUAUGCGUCAAAUCUUACUUACGCACCAGUUGCAGCCCAAAUACCAUCUUUCGUAGCAGACACUAAACUUGCUAUUCAAAAUCUAUACCAGUACGGUGCUAGAAAGUUCUGGAUAUUCAGCACCGGGCCACAAGGUUGUGCUCCUAAAGAACUCGCGUUACAUGCACACAAAGAUACCGAUCUUGACAGCAUCGGUUGCUAUCGCGUCCACAACGAUCUAUCAAAACUUUUCAACAAAGGUUUAAGUAGAAUGUGUGACGAGUUGAGACCGGUGUUAAAAGAUGCAGUUAUCGUGUAUGUGGAUGUAUACAAAAUCAAAUAUGAUCUGUUUGCCAACCCUUCAAAAUAUGGAUUUGUAAAACCGCAUAAAGCGUGCUGCGGGUAUGGAGGGGAUCCAAAUAAUUACAAUGUGAAAGCGACGUGCGGGCAGCCUGGAUACAACAUGUGUAGUAACGUAUCGUCGGCUAUUAUAUGGGAUGGUGUUCAUUACACAGAAGCUGCAAAUAAAAUAGUUGCUUCCGAAAUCCUCUCCAUGUCAUUGCUAAAACUAGACGAGUUCUGGUAGAUCCGAAAUUGGAAGAAUAAAUUGCUGAAUGAAUAAGAUGGAUGGAUGAAUGAAUGUUAUUUUUGGAUUUGAUAAACAGUUAAGUUUUAUGUAUUUGACACUGUUUCCAGCAUUUAUAAUGAACAGAAAAUGCAGAUCUAACUUCAAAUUUGAUUUAGAUUAUUAAAUUCGAUGCUCGGGUA